GUAUCACCUUGAUUUUAAAUUUAAUGGGAAGAUUAAUGUUUUUUAAUUUCGCAUAGUGAUUAUAAAGACAAUCGAAAUGAUAUGGUACUUAUAUAUUCCAAACUGGGGAAUUUAUUCUGCAAAGGCAAUGGAAAUACUGAAAAUUCUACUGUCGAGGUACACCCUCUUACUGAAAAUCCCACAGCAGCUUGGGAGGAAAUAUCAAAAACGCAUAAAGUUCUGCCAGUGAAAGUAAAGAUUCCAACAGCUUCAGUUACACCCAACAAAGUUAGAAUAGUUUGUAUGAGUGAUACACAUGCAAGGGAUAUAACAUUCCACAUCCCCGAAGGAGAUAUAUUCAUCCACGCUGGAGAUUUCAGCUGCAUAGGAGAAAAAACUAGUAUUAUUAAAUUCAACAACUGGUUGGGGACUCUACCACAUAAACAUAAAAUUGUCAUAGCAGGGAACCAUGACCAUACAUUUGACAUUAGCUUCAUGGAACAAGAUAUCUUUUUGGAUGAAGGUACAACCAAUGUACAGCAGUACCUGACAAACUGUAUCUAUUUACAAGAUAGCAGUCGUGAGAUACAUGGAAUAAAAAUUUAUGGAACACCAUGGAUACCUGAACAUUUAGGUGGAGCAUUUUCUUUAACUAGAGGUACAAAACUACUUUCAAAAUGGAAGAAAAUUCCCAAAGACAUAGACAUAUUGGUGACGCACACCCCUCCUCUGGGUCAUGGAGAUUUGGCACACUCAAAAGUAAGAACCGGAUGUGUUGAACUACUCAAUACUGUGAUAAGGAGGGUCAAGCCAAAGUAUCACAUUUUUGGUCACAUUCAUGAAGGAUACGGUGUAACAACCAAUGGCGAAAUAACUUUUAUAAAUGCUUCAACUUGUGAUAUAAGUUAUAAACCUGUAAAUCCACCUAUUGUCUUUGAUAUGCCUUUGAAAAGUUGACAACAAAAAUAAAUAUUAUAAGAGUGCCUUCAUUA